GUGGGGCAGCUACUCCGCUGAGCUGCCGGUUGAGUCACCCUUAGUCCCUCACAGUUCUUCUCCUGGUCCCUGAAACUCGGCUGCCAGAGGAGCCAGGGCCACCCUACAGAGGUAUCCCCUCCAUACUGGAUCCCUACAGUGUUGAAACAGAGCAGGGAGGACCAGACACUUGAUCGUGCCUCUGGAAGGACGGCGGGAAGGCCUGUGCUGCUGGGGACUCUGGGCUCAGGUGCCCUCAGCCCAGCCCCAGGAAGACCUGCAAGACAAGAGCGGGGAGACAUGUGUGCCCAGUGGGAGCACUGCCCCAGCUGAUGCCCCAGAGGGGCCACCCAUCUCAAGAGAGGCUCUGGGCCCCACCUUACCUCCUCAUGGCGCAUGAGCCAGAGCCCGAGGCCGAUGGGCUGUUGGACCUCAGCUUCCUGACAGAGGAGGAGCAGGAGGCCAUUGCCAACGUCCUGAAGCGAGAUGCCCACCUGCGCCAGCUGGAGGAGGGGCGGGUCAGCAAGCUGCGGGCUUCACUGGCAGACCCUGGGCAGUUGAAAAUCAUGACGGGGGACUGGUUCCAGGAAGCACGCACGCAACGGCACCAUCAUGCCUACCUUGGCUCUGACCUUGUCCGAGCCUCUAUCCGCAGGAAGAAGAGCUCCAAGGGAGAACAGGCUCUGGGUAGCAAUAGGGAACCUGAGGCUGCUGGGAAAGAGACUGAAGAGGAGUUGGAGCCCUGGCUGCUCAUAGACAAGGCCCCCCAGGAGAGGCUCAGUGAGGCUGAGGGGCCUGAUUUCCCUUCACCGUAUGUCCCCUCAGAGGCUUCAGAUCAUGAGGAAGAGACCCAAGCCCAGGAAGCCCCUGGCCCAGGGGGUACACAGGUCUACCAGGAGGAGGCCGACCCAGAGCCGGAGCGGCAGUCGGGGGGAGAGGAGGAGCCGCAGCCCCGCCCAGCCCAGAUCCAGGAGGCGUCCGAGAUCCUGGAGAACGGGGAGGAGGCCCCGGAGCCCAGCCCCUCACUCGACCGCAUGCUCAGCAGCAGCUCCUCCGUGUCCAGCCUCAACUCCACGCUGAGCGGCAGCCAGAUGAGCCUGUCUGGGGAGGCGGAGGCGGGUGCCGUGCAGGUGCGCGGUUCUGUGCACUUCGCGCUGCGCUACGAGCCGCACGCCGCCGAGCUGCAGGUGCAGGUGAUCCAAUGCCAGGGCCUUGCGGCCGCGCGGCGCCGCCGCUCCGACCCCUACGUCAAAAGCUACCUCCUCCCGGAUAAGCAGAGCAAGCGCAAGACUGCAGUGAAGAAACGGAAUCUGAACCCAGUCUUCAACGAGACUCUCCGGUACUCUGUCCCGCAGGCCGAGCUCCCGGGCCGCGUGCUGAGCCUGUCCGUGUGGCACCGCGAAAGCCUGGGUCGCAACAUCUUCCUGGGCCAAGUCGAAGUGCACCUGGAUACGUGGGACUGGGACUCCGAAGCCAUUUGGCUCCCGCUGCAUCCCCGAGUGAGGCAGCUGGUGUCGCCCUCUUCUGACGACUUUCCCAGCCGCGGGAGGCUCUCUCUGUCCCUCAAAUACGUCCCCGCCGGCUCUGAGGGCGCAGGACUGCCCCCGAGCGGGGAGCUGCACUUCUGGGUGAAGGAAGCGCAGGACCUCGUGCCUCUUCGUUCAGGAUCCCUGGAUACUUACAUACAAUGCUCUGUGCUGCCUGAUGACAGCCGGGCCAGCCGCCAACGGACAAGGGUGGUGCGAAGGAGCCUCAGCCCUGUGUUCAACCACACCAUGGUUUACGAUGGCUUCGGGCCUGCUGACCUGCGCCAGGCCUGUGCUGAGCUCUCCCUCUGGGACCAUGGGGCCCUGGCCAGUCGCCAGCUGGGGGGUACACGCCUCAGCCUGGGUACUGGCAGCAGCUAUGGGCUCCAGGUGCCCUGGAUGGAUUCCACACCUGAGGAGAAGCAGCUGUGGCAGACACUCCUGGAGCGACCAGGCGAGUGGGUGGAUGGCCUUCUGCCCCUCAGAACUAACCUGGCCCCCAGGACAUAGCUGCCUGACAAGCCUUACCAAAUCCCUCUCUGGAGCCCUGUCGCAGGGCCUGCUCUUGGUGAAAACCAAUAAAGUCUAUUCUAAGGGCAUAAAGUCUAACCAAUAAAGUCUAUU